AUGGAACUGGCAGAGGCGGUUUUCGAGAAAUACGGGUAAUUACUAUCUAGAACUCUACCUAGAACUAUUAAAAAUCGUGUUCCAGAAGUCAACACAUUUUCCAUAUCCCAAACAUUGGGCUAACCGUCGUCAAGGCUAGUAAAAAUAAAGCGAAUCGCUCGAUUUAUAGUCAACCUUUCUUUUCGCAUGGAUAUGGCUAUAAAAUGAUGGCGAUUUGUGCACCGUAUGGGGAUGGAGCAGGUAAUCGAGUGGAGCGAGUGUAGACCGCAAGCUUCCGCGCAGCGGCAAAGUUAGGCUAACUUUCUAGAUGUUCUAAGGAAGAUAGAGUAACUUGGCCGCUGCGCGGAAGCUUGCGGUCUACACUCGCUCCGCUCGAAAAAAAAUUGGCGAUAGGUUCCCCUGCGCGGAAUCUUGAAAUUUUCCAUAAAACCUCGAUUUUUCAAUCAAUUUUUAUGGAAAAUUUCUAGAUUCGGCGGGUUUUGAAGUGAUUUCUGGUGAAAAUUCGAGCGGACCGCAAGCUUCCGCUUUAGCACCCAUGCAGAUUGCUAUGACGUUUGCCAUAUCAUAGUAAUCAACGUGGCCGCUGCGCGGAAGCUUGCGGUCUACACUCGCUUCGCUCGAAAAAAAAUUGGCGAUAGGUUUCCCUACGCGGAAUCUGGAAAUUUUCCGGCUCUAUCCCAAUAUAAGGGUCCGAAAAAAAAUAAGGGUCCCUUAUAUAUCCGUGGGACCCUUAUAUUGGGAUAGAGCCAAUUUUCCAUAAAACCUCGAUUUUUCAAUCAAUUUUUAGGGAAAAUAACAGAUCCGGCGGGUUUCAAAAUGGUUUUUUGUUAUUUCCGCAAGCUUCCGCGUAGCGGCAAGGUUACCUUAACUACUUUAAAGUUAGGGUAACUUUGCCAGAAGCUUGCGGAACAAUGCUAGCACAUUUUCAGAAAUGAGACAUUGAUAUUCCCACUAGAAAUUUAAAAACAAAAUUAGGUCGACACGCAACGCUGGACCGCUUAGCAACUGAAUCAUUUCUAAAAAUUCUGGACUCAAAAAUCUCCUAGAAACAGAAAUCCCAUGAAAAUUUUCAGCGCUUCGUGAAUAUUUCUCAGUUUUCGUUUGCUUGAUGAAAAGCGACUUUGACGCAAUUCUCGAAUGGCCUUUCAAAUGCAAAAUCACAUUUACAAUCACUUCAGAGGACAAGAAAAAGAAGGGUAAACCUUAUUUUUGAAGAUUUCCACUAAAAAUCAAUAAUUUUUAAGUUUCCCGCUGCUACGAUCCAUCAGAACAUCCAGAAAUGCUUGAUUUACAUGAAAGACCAACUGGUUUGCGAAAUGGUGCAAUGGGAUUUCAGGUAACUUUGGAAAAAACAAAAAAACAAAAAUAGAAAUUCAAAAAAUCAAUUCGCGGGCUAGCGCGCACACAAAACACGUCAGUGUUCUCCUGACGCAUCUUCGGUUUUUUCUUUUUAUUUUUCGUUCAGAACUUCAUUUCCCUCUCCGAAUUGCCAGAUUUCACAGUUUCUUCGGAUUUAUUCCUUGAAAUUCGUGUUGCUCUUCGUGCUGAGCAUAUUCAAACAGCUCGCGAGGUACGAAACAUCUCAGAAAAGUAAAAAAUUAAGAAAAACUUUAUUUUCAGAUAGACUCAGAAAAAUGUCAAGGAAUCGAUAUCUAA